AUGCGCAGCUCACUAGAUGCCACCGCCGACGAGGCGCUGGCCCGUAUGGGCUACAAGAGCGAACUACCCCGAAACCUAAGCAUGAUGAGCAUCCUCGGUCUCUCCUUUGCCAUUAUGGCCGCGCCCUUCGGUCUCAGUACGACCCUCUAUAUCACCCUCGCGGACGGUCUAUCCGUGACUAUCAUCUGGGGCUGGGUAUUCGUCACCCUCAUCUCCAUCGCUAUCGCCGCUUCCCUUGCUGAGAUCUGUGCCGUCUACCCCACGGCUGGCGGUGUCUACUAUUGGAGUGCGAUGUUGUCGACUCGUCGCUGGGCACCGCUGAUGUCAUUUAUUGAUGGUUGGUUGACUCUGGUCGGGAAUUGGACUGUGACGCUCAGUAUCAUUUUCUCCGGGGGCCAGUUGAUUCUCAGUGCUAUCUCGAUUUUUGAUGAAACCUUUGUCGCCAAUGCCUGGCAGACGGUCCUGAUGUUCUGGGCGGUCAUGCUGUUCUGUGCCUUGGUUAACAUCUUCCUCUCGCGGUGGUUGGAUCUCAUCAAUAAGAUCUGUAUCUUUUGGACUGCUGCCAGUGUCAUCAUCAUUAUGAUCACACUGUUGACUAUGGCCGAUGACCGUCGCGACGGCGAAUUUGUCUUUGGUCACUUUGAUGCUUCCACAAGUGGCUGGCCUUCGGGAUGGGCGUUCUGUGUCGGGUUGCUGCAGGCAGCAUACACCUUGACCGGAUACGGCAUGGUCGCGGCGAUGUGCGAAGAGGUCCAGAACCCACACCGUGAGGUGCCCAAGGCUAUCGUACUGUCGGUCGUGGCCGCUGGAAUUACUGGUCUCCUCUAUUUGAUCCCGAUCCUGUUCGUCAUGCCCAAUGUGGAGAUGCUACGGAAUGUGGCGAGCGGCCAACCCAUUGGCCUGCUCUUCAAGACGGUGACAGGAUCCGCUGGAGGUGGCUUUGGUCUGCUCUUCCUGGUCCUGGGGAUCAUGCUGUUUGCAGGCAUUGGGUCCCUGACAGCUGCCAGUCGCUGUACCUAUGCGUUCGCACGCGACGGGGCCAUCCCUGGCUUCAAGCUUUGGCGCAAGGUCAACCCCACGCUAGAUGUGCCUGUAUGGGCGGUGAUCCUGUCUGCGACAGUGGAUGGUCUCCUAGGAUUGAUCUAUUUCGGCUCGACUGCGGCAUUCAACUCUUUCACCGGUGUCGCUACCAUUUGUCUUUCCACUUCCUAUGGACUGCCCAUUCUCAUUUCCAUGAUCCGAGGACGACAGGAUGUGAAGGGCUCUUCUUAUUCUCUGGGUCGCUUUGGAUAUGCGAUCAAUGGCAUUACCAUUGCUUGGAUUGUUCUGGCGGUCGCUCUCUUCUGUAUGCCUGUCACUCUGCCCGUCACCCCCGAGUCGAUGAACUAUGCCAGCGUUGUCUUUGCGGCAUUUGCGAGCAUCAGUAUCUUUUGGUACUUUAUCUACGCGCGGAAACAUUUCACUGGCCCACCAGUAAGCAGUGAGGAGGCACGCGCAGCUACAGAUCUUAUGACUGGGACGGCGUUAGAUACGGAACAGGCCAUGGAAGAGGUGAAGAAGAUGCCUAGCGAGUAG